AUGCAGUCGUGGACGAGCAGCGGCCGGCGUCAGUGCCCUUCGCUGCUGGCUCGUCUCGGCGCCCUCCUCGUUCUUCUCCCUCUGCUUGCUCCGCUCUCGGCCCACGCACGCCCAGCGACUGGCACGGCUGCGCCCGCCACAUUCUUCGUCUCGCCGUCGGGUGCAGACAACGCCACGGGCACCAAGGUCGCACCAUGGAGGACAAUCACACACGCCCAGUCCGUCGCCCAGGCCGGCGACACCGUCUACCUGCGCGGUGGACGGUACGCGUUCGACGUCGCAACAAAGCCCUGUGCGAGCCGCACCGACCUGGUCGCUGGCGUCGUCUUGAACAAGAGCGGCCAAGAGGGCCGGCCGAUCCGCUACUGGGCCUAUCCGGGCGAGAAGCCCGUCCUGGACUUCGCAUUGAUAAAAGACGACUGCCGGGUCAAGGGCGUCGAGGUGCGCGCCGACUGGGUGCACCUCAAGGGGCUCGAGAUCACCGGUGCGCCGCAGCAGCCGGGCAACCACGAGAACCACGAGUCGUGGGGCGUCUGGAUCAAGGCCAGCCACGGCGUGUACGAGCAGCUGGACGUGCACAGCAACAUGGGCACGGGACUCUUUAUCCAGGGCGGCAGCUACAACACCGUCGUCAACUCGGACUCGCAUGGCAACUACGACCCCUACAGCUCCAAUGGCGCGGGCCAGAAUGCCGACGGCUUCGGCGCCCACGUCGGCACAGGCAGUCCCGGCAACGUCUUUCGCGGCUGCCGUGCGUGGGACAACUCCGACGACGGCUUCGACCUGAUCAACUCCUAUUCGCCCGUGACGAUCGAGUCGUCGUGGGCCUGGAAUCAGGGCUAUCUGCCGGGCACGAGGACACCCGUCGUCCAGGGCAACGGCAACGGCAUCAAGGCCGGCGGGUACGACGCCCGGUACGUGUCCAAUGCAGUCAGGCAUUCCGUGCGCCUCUGCGUCGCCUUUGACAACAAGUCCGCAGGCUUCUACGCCAACCACCAUCCGAUGGCAAACGAAUUCUUUGGCAACACGGCCUUUGGCAACGGCGUCGACUUUGACAUGACCGUCAUCACGCCCACAGGCGAGGAAGACGUGCAGGGCAUCCUGCGCAACAACCUCUCCAUGUCGCCGAGGAACAAGCUCAAGAUCGCGGGCACCGACUCGGGCUCGUCCUCGAACUCGUGGGAGCGGGGCAGGGGGGUGCCGAGCGAGACCGACUUUGUAGACACGUCGCACCGCGGCUGGGAUGCCCCGCGCCAGGCCGACGGCAGCCUGCCCCACCUGCUGCAUUAUCGCCUGCGUCCCAACAGCCCACUGGUAGACGCUGGCAUCGACGUGGGCCUGCCCUACCACGGCAAAGCACCCGACCUCGGUGCGUUUGAGAGCUAG